AUGUUCAUCAAAGCCGCCCUGGUAUUUGUGGCGGUCCUGGGUCCUGAGGCCGUCUUUGCCCUCGCUUUUCAGGAGUAUCUCGACGCCAGACGAUUGAAGAAGAGGCUCCAGGAGGUUAUAAACAGUUCUAAAGAGAAAGGAGAUCCAUGUGGACAUUGUCAAAGACCCAAGAAUUGCAAGGCAUGCGAACAGCAAAAGUCCUCGGCCAUGGUCGACAUGAAAUUCUGUUACUUCGUCGUCAUGGGUGGCCUACAGGUCGACAUCUCCGACAUCAAACCGUCUGACUACGUCCGAUUUCACUUCCAUGGCGACAACAUGCCCGAAAUGCUUCCUCUGUCGGCCGAUGGAGUGAUAGAGCUUGCUAUGCUCGGGUACCUGGAUAAGCUCUUGGUUGAGAAAACCGUGAUUGAGGACAAGAGCAAAGGGGCACUGGUGCAAAAGUGCGUAGUUCUCGUUCAAGUUGCUUGGAUGGGGAUUCAAUGCAUUGCCAGAAAAGCCGAGGGGUACCCCAUUUCUCUCUUGGAACUGCACACCUUUGGCCAUGUCGUGGUUGCAAUGUUGCUGUAUCUGUGCUGGUUAAAUAAACCACUUGAUGUGCAACAACCUGUUUUUGUUAGGCCCGACGAGUUCAAAGAUAAACGGGAUACUGAGGGCUUUCAAGAUGCACUGGCACUGAUGGUUCAGGAACAGUUCUGUGACCUACAGAAUUUCACUGGCUUUCUAAAUUUCAAGUGGAAACAAGAAAAAUGGAAGGCCUCCAAGCGGGAGACUAGCGAGAACCCUACCAAACAAGAGACAACCCGAAUUGCCAUCAAUCGAAUGGUCCAAGGAUUGACGCCUCAGCCAACUCCAGCAAACGAACCUGAACAAUUGAUAGAAUCCGGACAAUCGACGACAGGCUCGCAAUUCUCAAUCCUGCCGGUUGGAAUUGAGGAGGUAGACCCGAGACAGCCACAAAUCGGGGAUCCAGAAAUCUUCGAUCUGAAGGUUAACCAGCAACUUCCUUGCGGGUUCGGCCACAUGCCCGUGUCUCAACAUCCGAACUGGAGAUGUAUCUGGAACGGUCCGGACAACUGGCGGGUUAAAAUAAAAGCCCCAUAUCGCUCGAACCGCGACGAAGACAAACUCUCAAUCCGUCUCACCCGGGCUGAUCGUUGCCGUGCAGAAAGAGCAGCGAGGCACAUCAAGGUCGUUGAAAAACUGUAUAAGAUUAAACCUGCUGAGCAACCUGAGCCCUACGCAUACCAAAGGUAUGGGUCGACGGGCCAGCAUUAUCGGUACCUCAAUCUCACAUACAAGACUGCGUUUCAAAGUCUCAAGUUUGAGGUUGACAAGCUCAACCCGCUUGUUGCCAAACGGAAAGACGAAAAACAACACGUUGGAGACGACGAACAGCCCAAGCAAAACACCAUUGAUGUCCAUCGCAAGGGACUAUGUGAGGAAAGCUGUCCCAGAGUGAUCACACGGUACGCUGCGUUCCUAGAUGCCAUCUUCAACGGCAUCGGCAGAGUGAGCCGGUUCGUCUGCACGAUUAUCAGCGUAUUGAUAGGUGCUAUCCACCUAGCAGCCUGGGACUCGGUCUUUCCUGGUCGGGUCGAAAGCAUCAUCUGGAAGGUUGCGAGCGUGACCAUGAUGGCCACCGUUCCGGCUGUGCUCUGGUAUCGCUUCCAAGUUGUCUUGCUCCAGCGGUAUCACUUCCAGUACCACCGGCUGGGCUAUCAGACGUCCCAUCUUUGGUUCACGCGGUUCUUGAAUGCCUGGUACUUCUUCCUGGCCAUCAUAUUCCUGUUGUUUUUCAUUGUCGUUCGAGGGUAUCUCAUUGUGGAGUCGUUUAUCAGUGUUCGUCACAUGGCUUAUGGCAUUUACUUCGUUCCGGACUGGUUGCAGAUUUUCCCACACAUCUAA